AUGCCACCAUCACUGACUUCGCAUCUCAUCCAUCUCGAUCCUUUGGCACUGAAGCUGGCAACUCAACAUCCUUUCCUCGAAGCUGCUGCCACGAAGUCACUACCUGUGGAUCAGCUCAAAGCAUGGCUCGCGCAAGAUCGCCUUUAUGCACUAUCGUACACCAAUUUCAUCGGUAGUCUGAUCGCAAAAACUCCCAUCCCGACCACUUCCGAUCGCGAAACGACGCUUGAAUGGCGAGCGGCGGACUUGCUGAUCGACUGUCUGAACAAUAUCAGGACCGAGAUUAAGCUUUUCGAGGAGACCGCUUCAAGCGAAGGCUGGCUCGAGGAGAUCUCGGACGUCCAUCCCAAUGUUCACACAAGAGCAUACCAGGACCUAUUCGCAGGCGCAGCUGCGCCCCAGAAACCGCUGAUCGUCGGCCUAGCCGUACUGUGGGCUACAGAGGAAUGCUAUCUACGUGCCUGGUCAUAUGCCAAGUCAAAGAUCGAUUUGAGCCUGUCUAGUAAAGAGAAGGACGUGAUGCAACGAACAUUCGUGCCCAAUUGGAGCAGCCCAGAGUUCCAGGCAUUGGUCAGGAGGAUCGGUGGCUUAUUGAACAAAUUCGGCAGCGAAAGAGCCGAAGAGGAUAGUUGGGAAUGGCAGGAGUGCGAGCAUGCGUUUCGACAAGUGUUGAAAGUCGAAAAGGAAUUUUGGCCGGAUGUGAAGGCUGUCAAGUUUCAUCCCGAUGCGAAGACGCACAGCAAAGACGACAGAAAAGUCGUCAAUGAGAUAUAA